AUGGUAAGAUCGGAGUUUAAAAUGGAUGCAAUGGAAGAAAACUUUAAAGCAAUCACUGAUUCAAUAGAGGAAAGGUUUUCAGACAUUACAAAAACGGUUGAGGACCUGAAGAAUGAAAUAGAAACAUUAAAAUCAGCUGAUGUUGAAUCAUCAAAGACGGUUAAAUCAAUACAGGCAGAUGUUGCAAGCAGCAGUAUCUACACCAGAUGGGGCCGACGAUCGUGCCCUGGUGAUGCAGAAUUGGUCUACAAAGGGUUUGCAGGGGGUGGCAAUUAUGCACAAACAGGAGGAAGCAGUAGUUACGUAUGUCUACCCAAAGAUCCUGUCUUUGACGGCGACGGACAAAAGUCGAAGCAUGUUGCCUUCCUUUACGGUGCCGAGUAUCAAACAAGUACAGCGACUUUCCUCUCUAACGUACAGGACAAAGAUGUCCCCUGUGCUGUCUGUCGCGUUAUAGGAAGAGGCGUAGUAAUGAUCCCAUCGAGGAAUACCUGCUACAGUGGGUGGCAGAAGGAGUACUCUGGCUACUUGAUGUCGGAAUAUUACCAACAUGCUUCAAACAAGGAAGUAGUUUGUAUGGACGGAACUCCUGAGGAAGCCGAAGGAAAUGACAAUGGUAAUCAAGAUGGCGCUUUGUUUUAUUUUGUUCAGAUUGGGUGUGGGACGCUAAAAUGUCCACCUUAUCGCGAGAACGUAGCGCUAACUUGUGUUGUUUGUUCAAAAUAG